AUGAGCGCGGGCGCGCUGCGGGCGGGCGGCGCGGGCGACUCCACGCCCGGCUCCGACCUCGGCGAGCGCAUCACGCGCCUCUUCCCCAAGUGCCGCCCAAGGAACAUGCAGCACCAGCACGAUAGGCUGAACUCCGGUGUGGAGGGCCGAGAGAUGAACAACGUGAACAACGUGUCCUCAGACGAGGAGCGCGGCACCGACGGACAACUGGUCAUAUUGAACUCCAAGGGAGGCACCUACAAAUUGAGAGAUUCCAGGAUAAUCGAGAUAGCGGGCGGUCGGGAGCUGUACUCCCAGAGCCGCGCGAAGGCUGUGCGCAAGCUUCGACACAACAACACGCAUAAGCAGAACCUGAGAAACAAACGUUCGCUGACUAAGGAAUCCAACGACUAUACGGACAACAUUAACAAUGAGAUAUCUCUACACAGAAUUAUCAAUGAGCCGAAAAAAAUGAUAUCACGCCAUACGUCGCCCACUUAUACGAACAGUGACCGGGAGGCGAUCAUUGAGGCGAACACCAUGGCCAUACCUAAAAACAGCUCUCCAAUACUCGAUCCCCAUAAAAAAAUCGACGUCAGCACCAAAAGUAGUCCCAUAGCCGUUGUUGCUGAUGGAGAAGUCGUAGUGUUCGACGAUAACGACGACUGGAAAGGUUUGAGGAUGGAACCAGAAGCGAGUGACGAUGAUAUAGAUACGAGUGUUAAACGAACUUUAGACUGUAUGAAGAAUGGUGAUAGUGAAGUGAUGAACAAUAAAAGUGAACUGAGUGAUGAAAGUGAGUCGUUGCCCUCUAGGGAGGACGUUAGGAUGAGUGAGGGUAGCCCCAGUGGUGUUUGGUUGUCGGGUGACGAGGAUAAGAACAGGGUUACUAGGGUGAUAGGCGAGCUGCCGAUAGCGGAGUACGAAGGCUCGCCGAGGAGGUACGGUGUUGGGACUCAGAAGAACAGUAAUAGAUCGCCGAGACCAGGGUUUCCACAGAGAGUAGUAACGGAGAGUCAGGACGUGUCCCCACCGCCCAGUUCCGCCUUCGAUUACCUUUACGAGUUCUCGGAGACUCGCAAGGUAUUGGAGGAAUUUUUCCGUUGUCCUGCAGUACCCGGCCAUACUCAGCUUAGCACCAACGAUGAAAUUGUCAAUUUUCAGGAAUUGGACUAUGAGUUGAGACGUCAGACACAGGACUGUCCAUCAGAGAAUGGCAUUGAAGAGUGCAGCGAUUCCGAAUGGCCGCAGGUCGAAGACACUCUGAAUUCACCUCACGCGCCUCACAACCACACUGAUUUCUUAGGAUUGCAGCAACAAAUUUCCCUUUAUUCCGCACCGGACGUGACCGCUCUGCGACCGGGCGCCCCCAACAGCGGGUCGGGCUCGCCCACGCCGCUAACAACCAUCCGCGAACUGCGUGACUCACGUGACCUCCGUGAUCUCCGUGACCCACGUGACCCGCGAGACUUACGUGAUUUCCUUGACUCGCGUGAGCUCCGCGAUCAACGUGAUCAGCUAGAUCAACUAGACACGCGUGACCAACGGCUGCCUUUCACGCUGUCGUCGGCUGCCAGUGACUCGGCCAGCGAUCUUUCACUCGCUAUAAUGGAGAGUGAGCUGUCUGAGAUGAAAGUCCAACUCGAUAGCCGCGUGGUAGUCACGCAUCUCCCGGUAGUUGAGGAUGGACUUUCCUCCGGUCACGGUUCUGACACAGACAAUAAUAACCAGAACUCUUCAGUUAUAAUACACGAAAUAGUUGAGAAUGGAACCAACACUGACCCACUCAUCUUGUCCGACGCCGAUCUACACUCAUUGGAUCCUCUAGCGUGUUCAGCACCACCGCCGCCAGCGCCGGCGCCGCAUCGGUCGCCCGUCGAGCACGCGCCUUUAAACGCACACGUGCCCCACGCGCCCCACGUGCCCCACGUGCCUCACGUGCCCCACGUACCUCACGCGGCGCACGUGGCGCACGCGACUCACGUAGCGCACGUCGCGCACGCACCGCACGCGCCGCACACGCCGCACAUGCACUCACCGCACGACGACGUUUACCCUCGUAAAAGGCCGUCGUCCGCACAAAGUACGGAUUCGGUUGAAAUAAAACAAGUUAGCGGCGACGAAGAUGAAGCUGACACUGAUUUGGAGACCGACAGAUUGCUGGGACAACAGAGGACUGAUGACCAGGGAUUCUUCGAUGAUAAAAAAUGUUCAUACAUCCGCGUUAAGCGAUGCGUAAUAACCAAGAGAAAUUUCCUGAUGUUUCAUUUAGAAAUGAGUGAAGAAGCAAAUUGUUCAGUUGUAAAGAAUGAAGAUAAUUGUAAAUAUGCGGAUGUAAAUGCCAAUAAUACCAAAUCUAGUGUUGACAUUGUGUGCGAUAAAAAUAGUGAAGUUCUGUGUGUAAACAAUAACAACAAUGUUAGUGAUAUAAAUGAGAAUAAAGAAUAUGUCGAUUUAAAAGGAAGUGUUAUUACUUGUGAUUGCGCGAAAGAGAAAGAAGUAUCUACCAAAGGAGAUGUUAAGAUAUGUGGUAGAACUGCACAUGAGAGUGACAAAAUAUUGUACGAUGAGUCAGAUCUUAAGGAGGGAAAUGCGAAGGGCUGGCGCAAACCGAAGACCCGCACGGUGAUGCCGGCGGGCGGGGCGGGGGGCGGUGCGGGGGGUGCGGCGGGCGCGGGGGGCCGCUCCCCGCACUCGCACGACGCCGCGCACGACUCCAACAACGACGACGCACUGCACGCGGUCAAGGACAAGGACGGGAAAAAGAAGAGCAAAAAUAAAGAAGAUCCCUCAGUGCUCAUAGAGGGCGUGCUGUUUCGUGCGCGAUAUCUCGGCUCCACCCAGCUCGCGUGUGAAGGACAACCCACAAAAGCGACCAGAAUGCUUCAAGCCGAAGAAGCCGUGUCAAGAAUUAAGUGGGGCUGCGAGGGACCAUACUCGGGCGUGUACGCGGCCCCGGCUGCCGUGUUCCGCCUCACGUUCCUCGGCUCGGUCGAGGUGGACGAGGACUCGCGGCGAAGGAAGAAGAGGCCCAAAAAGAACAUGGUGGAGGAGGCCGUCACAAAAAUCAAGGCUCCAGAAGGCGAAAACCAACCGAGCACGGAAGUAGACCUGUUUAUAUCGACGGAGAAGAUCAUGGUGCUGAACACGGAACUGAAAGAGAUAAUGAUGGAUCAUGCUUUAAGAACCAUCUCUUACAUAGCUGAUAUCGGUGACUUGGUCGUACUCAUGGCUAGGAGAAGAUUCGUCCCACACGAGAACGACUCUGAUCAACCGAAACUGAACCGUACUCCCAAGAUGAUAUGUCACGUUUUCGAGAGUGAAGAGGCCCAGUUUAUAGCCCAAUCGAUUGGUCAAGCAUUCCAAGUAGCGUACAUGGAGUUCCUUAAAGCCAACGGCAUAGAAGACCACAGCUUCGUGAAGGAGAUGGACUAUCAGGAGGUCCUGAACAGCCAGGAGAUCUUCGGCGACGAACUUCAAAUGUUCGCUAAGAAGGAACUGCAAAAGGAAGUUGUGGUGCCGAAGACGAAGGGCGAGAUACUAGGGGUAGUUGUGGUAGAAUCCGGGUGGGGUUCUAUGUUGCCCACUGUGGUGAUCGCCAACCUAGCGCCAGCCGGGGCGGCCGCCAGAUGUGGACAGCUUAAUAUUGGUGAUCAAAUAAUCGCAAUAAACGGUGUUAGUCUAGUAGGGCUGCCGCUAUCAACGUGUCAAACGUACAUAAAGAAUUCGAAGAACCAGACAGUGGUGAAACUCACGGUAGUGCCGUGCGCUCCCGUCGUUGAGGUCAAGAUAAAACGACCGGACACUAAGUACCAGCUCGGCUUCAGCGUUCAAAACGGGGUGAUUUGUAGUUUGCUUCGUGGCGGCAUCGCGGAGCGCGGUGGCGUCCGCGUCGGACAUCGCAUCAUAGAGAUCAACUCGCAGAGCGUGGUGGCCGUGCCGCACGAGCGCAUCGUGAACUUGCUCGCAACGUCCGUAGGCGAGAUACUAAUGAAGACGAUGCCUACGUCGAUGUUCCGGCUGCUGACAGGGCAGGAGAACCCGGUGUUCAUUUAA